GUCAACUCUCUCUCUCUUCACUUUCAUCCAAUAUAAAUUAAGUGACAGAGUAAUCUCAUCAUGUAAUCACAACUACUUGAGUUUAAUUUCCUCAAAUCACAUAAACAUUCUUAUAACUUAUUUUCAACCUCAUUUCUGUCUUCUUCAACUUUCAGGACAUUGGACUAUACACAAGUUUCUAUACAUUGAUUUUGUUAUCAAAUGGGGAUUUCUUUGUCAUGUCCAUUUUCUACAUGUAAUCAUGUGGAAGAUAAUUUUGAUUCAAUUAUUGCAAAAUCUUUGAGCAUUGCUUGUGGUGAAGAAGAUUUAGAACCAAAAAUACUAAAAUCUGUAGGUUCUGCAAAGAUGACAAUACAAAGGUGUAUGAGCUUCAAAACAAAAGAUAUAACAGAAACAAUGCCGGUGGUUAACAAAGACAUGGAGGAUCAGUCCCGUAAAUCAACAGUGUUGAUUCAGGAGAACGAUCCUGAACACAUGGCUGCAAUUAAAUUGCAGAAAGUAUACAAGAGUUUUCGCACACGAAGAAAGCUAGCAGAUUAUGCAACUCUCAUUGAACAAAGCUGGUGGAAGCUUUUAGAUUUUGCUGAAUUAAAACGCAGCUCGAUAUCUUUCUUUGACAUUGAGAAACAUGAAACUGCGAUUUCACGUUGGUCUAGAGCUAGAACUCGAGCUGCUAAAGUUGGUAAAGGUUUAUCAAAAAAUGUUAAAGCUAGGAAACUUGCUUUGCUGCAUUGGCUUGAAGCUAUCGAUCCGCGCCAUCGAUAUGGACAUAAUCUACAUUUCUAUUAUGACAAAUGGCUCAAGUCUCAGAGCAGAGAACCCUUUUUCUAUUGGCUAGAUAUAGGAGAAGGAAAGGAAAUAAAUCUUGAGAAGUGUCCUAGAACUAAACUUCAACAACAAUGUAUCAAAUAUCUUGGUCCUAAGGAAAGACAAUCUUAUGAAGUUGUUGUGGAGGAUGGAAGAUUAUUGUACAAGCAAUCAAGAGAGCUACUUAACACUACAAAAGAAGGUUCACGUGGCAAGUGGAUUUUUGUUCUUAGCACAUCUAAGAAUUUAUAUGUUGGUAAAAAGAAGAAAGGUUCAUUUCAACAUUCUAGCUUUUUAGCUGGAGGAGCCACAUCUUGUGCUGGAAGACUAGUCGUUGAACAUGGCGUCUUAAAGGCUGUUUGGCCUCACAGUGGUCAUUAUCGUCCAACCGAAGAGAAUUUUAAAGAAUUUGUUUCAUUUCUUGAGGAAAACAAUGUGGACCUUUCCAAUGUAAAGAUGGCUCCAGUUAAUGAUGGAAUCCACUCAUCUGAAGAGGACUUAACUGGGAACAUGAGUGGUUUGGAAGAUGAAGAAGAGGCUAGUGUUGAAGACUUAAUUACAAAGAAGUCCAAUUUGAUUAAAAUUGAGAGUGUGUCUGCACCUAAGACAAGGAAAUUCAAGAAUUUUGGAAGUUUGGAAGAGAACAAAGUUAGAACAAGUUAAUCUGUCUCCAAGAAAUGGCUUACUUACUGAUACAACUUAUUCCUAUGUCAUGAGUGUAUAGGAUGUCAAGUUCUUUUAUUCUUUUGUGUAAAUAGAAAAAGUAUAGGAAUUUUUGUCAAUCUUUCCAUUAAUUCAUGUAGGUAAUUUUUUGUUUAUUUUUCCAUUCAUGUAUAUAUUGUACAAGAUGAAAUUAGACCAAUUUUUAAGGUCUAUGCUCUUGUAAUAUUAUACAAAGGAAAAAAUUCAUUAUCUUAUUAUGGAUAACAUGGUAAAUAAUUUUAAAACAUAAAUCUUUAGUCAAUGUAUAACAUGGCAUUUAGACAACCUUGUAUGGAGACUUCAAUGAAUCAAAUUAGUGUCAGGAAAAUGUUAAAG